AUGGUGUAUUGGUGGGAGGAACUGGCUUUGAAUGCCACCGUUAUGGAGGUGGAUGAGUGCAUCCACACCUUAACUGAGAGCUUCGAGCCCUUUGUGCCCGAAGCUCACCCAGGUGAUCGGUUACUGGACCGCUAUGCAGACUGGCUCCACUUUGACGAGCACGAUCCUACCCAGGAUAGGCGUCCAUAUCUAGAUGAGCUCAUCGCGAGAGCGAGGGCCGACCCACUAACAGUACUGGCUGCAACUGAUGGUUCUGUCCCUCAGUCCAACCAAGUCACCGCCCCAGAUGCGGAACUCAAUGCCAUCUCGUGUGCAGUGCGCCUUGCUGUCAAGCAGGCAAACUGCCAGCAUAUCAUGGUCUUUACUGACUCUAUGGGCUCGGCCCAUAGAGCGGUUGACCCUGGCGUGCAUUCUGGUCAGGCUUUUAGCCUGUCAGUUUGUCGCGUUCUUCAAGAGUGGUUUGAGGCGGAUGAUCUCCGCUGCAUUACCUUCGUCUACGUCCCAUCCGCUCUGCAGUGGGAUAUCCAUGGUGAAGCACACAAGUACGUCACCGAACUCAAAGUCAGGGUUGGCCAUCAGCUUCAACAGCCUGACGGGCGGCCGCUACAGCCAUCGUACCUCAAUGGGGGACCUUGGCUUUCAACUUUCGGACACAGUAUCACUGAGUUCGCCCGUGUUUGCCGGUGUAUAACUGGCCACGCACCCAUUGGAGCGUACUACCGACGCUUCAAGAUCAAUGAGCCUCACGGCUGCACUUGCGGGGCUGCCUUGCAGUCCCGCCAGCAUAUUCUCUUUCGCUGUCGCGAUCGUUACUCAGUGCAUUACCCCCGCUUCCUUGGGGAUAUUGCAGCUUUUAUGAAGUACAACCCUACGGCGUUUGGCUUCACCCGGGACCCUUCGGGGGUCGGAUAA